AUGAGCAGCAGUGCAGAAGUCAUUGCCAGUUUUUCUCCGGAUGCGAGCAGCUUCGUAUUCAGGCUGAACGGGUUUCAGAAACGGCUGGUGAACCUUUACCCAUUGAACAGUGCUCAGGACUACAAAGUAACGAGUUCACAAAUUUUUCAUAUAGAUUAUGAACAGCAGGAUCUUGAUUUGACCGAAGUGAAAUUUUUCGAGUGGUGUGUGACUCCUGGCGCCGCCAGUGGCAUCAAGUCCAAAAGAAAACUUAAUGAUACAGAUGCUGGAACUAGACCUUCGCAAGCAGAGUCGCACUUUGUGAAUAUCUUCCCUGGUGGCAAAGUUGUCAUUUUCUCGUCAACUGGGAGUGACAUUUUUAACAUCAUUCAGACCAAGAAAGAGAUCGUAGGCGCAGCAACCUUGGGUUCGAAACUCUGGAUACUGGACGAACAAAAUACAGUCAAAGAAUUUAACAUAUGGGCCACGAAAGCAUCAAAAAGUUUCUCUCUGGGUGAUAUUGACUGCGAAUCCCUAUCAAAUUUCCAAGUUUUGCAAUUUGGCAAGAACGUAUAUUUGAUUGUGAUAGUUGAAAGCCGAGUACAUGUGUGGGACAUUUCGCCUAAAAAAAAGCCCUCAAAAAUGUGUCAUAUUGAAAUUUUUGGAGGCAUAGCGGCGACCAGUUUGAACCAAGAUACAUCCUUAAUGGCUCUGGUCGACGUGCAAAAAUUGUCAGUGAUCGAUUUGAAGACGUCAGAGAUUGUCACUUCGUGGGACAUAGAAGCGACGCAAGUGAAAAGCGUUGGGAGCUUUAUUGUCGCGUUGUGCAUUGAUAAUACCAUUUCUGUGUAUGAAUAUGGCAAAGACGAACCUAUGUGCAGCAUAAAAUGCAAAAAUAGUGAAAUCUUGGACUUCUCAUCUGUUAAUGAUGACUUGUUACUUGCGUGGCUGAACGUCAAUGAGCCACAGUUCGAGUUGGUAACAGCCAAAGAGAUUCGAACUCGAGGACUGAUCUCCUUUAGCGCUGAGUCUAAUAGCAUAGAAUCGGAACAUGGGCUAGCAUCAUCAUCGCAUUCACAACCUGAAAAAGGGAGAGAUGUUCGGCACAAAACGCCGGAAAUGAAGGGCAGCCAAGCGCUAAACUUGAUCAUAAAAGCUCUAAACAGCAACGCUGCCUCGGAAACGAUUUUGCAAUUGAUUAGCAUGGAUUCUUUAUCUGAGUCCCAUAUACAGUCUGCUAUUACGAAGACACUUUCAGAAGAGAAUUUGAUAAAGGUAUACCACAUUGUUUCAGAUCAAUUCGUUAGGGAUCCAUGGUCAUGUAACAGUACUUCGGCAACGUGGCUCAAGUGGCUACUCACUACAAAGCGCUCGCUAAUACUUCAACGGCAAGAUCGUGCUAGUACCAAACGCACCAAGCAACUGCGCUCUUCUUUGAAGUGCACAAGCAGCAGCUACCGAUUAUUACUCUCGAUGCAGGGCAAGCUCGAAAUGCUGCGUGAACAAGCCAAUUUGCGUCAACAAAUUGCGAACAUGGCUUUAGAAGAAGGUGACGUACCCAAUGGUGAUGACGCGGCCGAUGAAUCUGCUCUCGUCUACGUCAACGGGGAAGGAGAUGAGUUUGUCGAUGCCCUCGAAUAUAGCAGUUAG